CCGUCGGUCGGGCUUUCCCACAAGCCGUAGGCUCUGGCUCCGCGCGCUCCUCCUCCUCCUCCCCCUCCUCGGUUUCUCUGGGAGUCCAGGCCCCGCCUGUUUCCCUCCCCCAGGGCCUCCUCAGCCCGCUCCUGUCUUCUGCGCCUCUGCUGCUUCUGCCGAAGGCGGAGGAUCCAUGUUGUCCCCUCAGCGAACGGCAGCGGUGGCAUCGAGAGGAGCAGGUGAUGCCAUGGAGAGUGGAAAACCUGGUCCAGUGCAAGUUGUUUUGGUUCACAAAGAGCAGCAUUCCUUUGAGCUAGAAGAGAGUGCCUUGGCCAGCAUCCUCCUGCAGGAUCACAUCCGAGAUCUUGAUGUGGUAGUAGUAUCAGUGGCUGGCGCCUUUCGAAAGGGCAAAUCCUUCGUUCUGGACUUUAUGCUCCGAUACUUAUAUGCUCAGAAAGUUGGUCAUUCAAAUUGGUUGGGUGACCCAGAAGAACCACUGACAGGAUUUUCAUGGCGAGGAGGCUCUGACCCAGAAACCACUGGGAUUCAGAUUUGGAGUGAAGUUUUCACUGUGGAGAAGCCAGGUGGGAAAAAGGUUGCAGUUGUUUUGAUGGAUACCCAGGGGGCAUUUGACAGCCAAUCAACUGUGAAAGAUUGUGCUACCAUCUUUGCUCUAAGCACCAUGACUAGUUCUGUUCAGAUUUACAAUUUGUCCCAGAACAUUCAGGAAGAUGAUCUUCAACAGCUACAGCUCUUCACAGAAUAUGGACGUCUGGCAAUGGAUGAAAUUUUCCAAAAACCCUUCCAGACACUGAUGUUUUUGAUUCGAGACUGGAGUUUCCCUUAUGAAUACGGGUAUGGACUGCAAGGAGGAAUGGCAUUUUUGGAGAAGCGCUUACAGGUGAAGGAACAUCAACACGAAGAAAUUCAGAACGUUCGAAAUCAUAUUCACUCAUGCUUCUCAGAUGUUACCUGUUUUCUCUUGCCACAUCCAGGGCUCCAGGUGGCCACAAGCCCUGACUUUGAUGGGAAAUUGAAAGAUAUUGCUAGUGAAUUCAAAGAACAGUUGCAGGCACUGAUACCAUAUGUACUAAACCCAUCUAAGUUAAUGGAAAAGGAGAUCAAUGGCUCAAAAGUCACCUGUCGGGGACUGUUGGAAUAUUUUAAGGCAUAUAUUAAAAUUUACCAAGGAGAAGAUCUGCCUCACCCCAAAUCCAUGCUUCAGGCCACUGCUGAAGCCAACAAUUUGGCAGCUGCAGCCUCUGCCAAAGAUAUUUAUUACAGCAACAUGGAGGAGUUUUGGGUAGGAGAGAAACCUUAUUUGUCUCCAGAUAUUUUAGAAGAGAAGCACCAAGAAUUCAAACAGGUCGCUCUGGAUCACUUUAAGAAGACCAAAAAGAUGGGUGGGAAGGAUUUCAGCUUCCGUUACCAGCAAGAGCUGGAGGAGGAAAUAAAGGAACUGUUUGAGAACUUCUGCAAGCACAAUGGCAGCAAGAAUGUCUUCAGUACCUUCCGAACCCCUGCAGUUCUGUUCACAGGCAUAGCAGCAUUGUACAUAGCUUCAGGCUUCACUGGCUUCAUUGGGCUUGAGGUUGUAGCCCAGCUGUUCAACUGUAUGGUUGGACUGCUGUUAAUAGCACUCCUUACCUGGGGGUACAUCAGGUAUUCUGGUCAGUAUCGUGAGCUGGGUGGAGCUAUUGACUAUGGUGCAGCAUAUGUAUUAGAGCAGGCUUCUUCUCAUAUUGGCAAUUCUACUCAGACUGCAGUGAGGGAUACCAUCGUUGGGAGACCACCUACAGAUAAAAAAGCUCAAUAACAUCUUAAUGGCAAGAUCAACAAGAGCCCAGUCAGUCCAGGAUUUCUGCUAAUGCCAUCAUGAGUCCAGUUCCAGAGGAAUGGCAGAUCUGAGACUGCCCUGGAAGUGCUGAGACGGGGCACUGUAAUAAAUGAACUGACCUCUCCUAUGGUUUCCAAUUCCACUUGUCUUGGAAGCAGUUCUUUUUGUUGCUGUUAUAGACCCAAGGCUAUAGACCCUCUUCUCUGCUUUGUGCACUUUAAGGGGUGGGGGGUGGGGGCUAAAAGGAAAACAUAGAAAUGCAGCUUUUAAGUCUUUGAUGUGCCACAUAGUGCCUUUUAAGACCAGUCCAUGCCUCUGCAGCCAUGAAUGCUGAGGAAUGGAGGACAACCUCAUGAAAUGCAGUUUUGGAUCAAGUUUUCUUUUGGAUUUUGGAUUUUAGUUCUUUUGUACCUUUGAAAAUUUGUUUUUCAAAAGUUUACACAACUUGAAAAAGGCACAGAACUAAAGGCCCACUGACAUGAUAUACUUAAACAAUUUCCCCCAGUAUUGGUGAUUGAACCUAGCACCUGGCAUGCUAGGUGAUUUCUCUGCCCUGGAGCUAUCCCUUAGCCUGCUUGCCUGGAGUCUCAGGUCUUGAAAUAAAUCUGUCCCUAGGUUGGCUGUGAGUGUUCCAUCUUCUUCGUCCCUCCCUAGCCUCUUGAGUAGCUUGAAUACAGACCUGUGCUACCAUCCUUGCUUCAAAAAUCUUAUUUAUAUGAAUUAUCUUUGCUAUGCAGAAUGGAAAAAAUAGAUCAUUUAAUACUUUGUGUUGGAGAGUAUAAAGGUGUUUUACAUAGUAGGCUGUCAGUUUUGUUGAACUUGCUUUUUAAAAUUUUUACUCCUAUAGUUUCUUUCUAGAAAAGAGGCAAAUGGUCCUUAAAAAGCUAGGGCUUCAUAAUAAAAGGAAUGAGCUAGACACUUCAUGGUAAAAUUGUGGUCUGAGUGAACCUCUGAUAAGUCACUUGAACUUGUGUCUUGGUCAGAUUCACUAUAUGUUUAUGUAUAUAUAUGUCACUCUCAAAAAUAGUCAUUGUCAAUAGAGAAAGACAUUACCAAAUAUUACUCCUUUUAAUGUUCAGUUUCAUGUUGCUUAGUGAUAAUACCACUAGUAAUCUGAUCUAAAGUCUUUACUCAAACUUUUUUUUUGUGGGGGCAGUGGUGUCGAUGUCUCACUGUUGCCCUGGCUGGCCUGUAACCUUUGAUAUAGAGGAGGCUAGCCUUGAACUCAUAGAGAUCCUGUGCCUUUGUGCCUGGCCCCAAACUGCUUUUUAUUCUAUGUACUGUCUAAUGCUUAUAAUAUCAAAGCUAAACUGCUAAUUUUAUCUAGUUAACUUUCCUUUUUUCCCCCUUGAUGAAGGAAGGGCAUUCAGUCGAGCUACUAUUUAAAAUUCUCUCUUGAUUUUCCUUUUGGUUAGACUGGCAGUUUUAAAAUAACAGACUUAAUGAAGGACAGUUGCUCUGACUCUAAAAUUUUCUUUUUUACAUUUACCUUGAUUAUAUUUUUAGUUUUAUAUAUUAGUUGUUUCUUUUCCCUUUGACUUUAUAAUAAUGAAUUAUUGUGGACUUAAACCUUAACGCAUGCCUGCAGGUAUAGAAACCUUAAUUUUUUUUUAGGUAAUUUGAAAUUUUGUUGUGGGAAGGAGAUAGAAUGGUUUUGGCAAAACCUAGUGUAAAUUUUAUGUACAUGAAGUAUGAAUGGAAGGUAGACAAAAAGUCUUAUAUUUAAUUUCCUUAUCAGAAAUUUCUUCUAAGUUUUCCAAUCAAGCAUUUAACAAAUCCUGAAUUAAUAUUGAGCAUUUUAUAUAUUUUCAUACCAGCUUGCCCUGAAACUUAUAGUAAUUUUUCCUUUUGCUCUGCUGUCUGGGAACAAUUCCAGCUUGUUUUUAAAACUGUUCACUGCUUGUGAGUGAUGGCUGACCAUGUAAGGGUUGGAAGCUCAGUCCUGAAGUUGUGCAGAGUUUUCAGGUAAUGUCUCCUGUCUGGAAGCUUGUACUUCGUGAUGGGCUUCUGAUACUGAGAUCAGAGAGGGUUUUGUUAGGUAGUCCAGGUUGGCCUAUAACUUGCUUUGUAGUUUAGACUGGCCUUCAACUUGAGGUUCUACUGCCUCAGCCUCCUUGAGUGCUGAGCUUGUAGGUGUGUGUCCCCAUGCCCAUCUCUGUUUUUUUUUUUUUUUUUUUUUUUUUUUUGAGACAGGGUUUUUCUGUGUAGCUUUGUAGCCCAGGCUGGCCUGGAACUCACAGAGAUCCGCCUGACUCUGCCUCCUGGCGCUGGGAUUAAAAGUGUGUGCCACCGAUGUCUGGCUCUGGCUCUACUUUUAUGGUAAAAAAAGAUGAUGUGGGAAAGAUUUGUAAUACUUUUAGUAUUACAUCUGUGUAUGUGUUUAAAAUGAAGGUUCUAUUAACUUAUUCUGCUUCUGGAACAUAUUUAUAAAGUUUUCUUUGAGGGUUCUUGGAAGUUUUUCUUGGCCUCUUUUCUAACUUUAAUUGUUGAUUUUUCUAUCACAAUUUUUCAAUACAAAAUGCCUUUAAUGAUUGACUAGAAAUAGUUUUGAGGAGAUUUAUAAGUGGUUGAAAGAAUCUAUUAGCACCUCCUCCUGCCUUUUCUUUGUGGGUCAGGGACAUGUCGUAGGAGUCAGACCAGUGUCUUCACAGGCUUUCUGUGUAGGCGUUGCUAAUUUGCACACUCCAGUCAGUGUGUGGGGCACAUUCCUAUGAACAUAAUGGAGAUUUCCAAAGCAUUCCAUUGGCAAUAACUCACUUCAGGAGAAGCUAAAUGUUGCCAAGAUAUUGAUUUUGUUUUGGGGUGCUAGGGAUGGAACCCAAGGUCUGAGUGUAUGGCAGGUGUUUGUUCUGUCUACCAAGUUAAACACUUUAGUUUGCCUCUUAACAUCAAAUGGAUAGAUCACAGCUUUAUUUGCUGAGAAGUCUCUCUCGUGACUUAACACUUACUGAUAAAUUUCACACAUCCCUUUUGAAGAGUACCAAAAAUCUCUUUCAUGGAUGCUUGUGACUUUAUUUUUUUUCUUCUUCUUCCCUCCCCUGACCCCCCCUUCUCUCUUCCUUUUUCUGUGCAGCUUCAGCCAGAGGUUUAUGUUUGAUACUUGUUUAUACUAGGUCAAGUUGCUGUUACACUUUGUGUUUGUUUUUGCUUUCUCUCUCACAAGCACACAGGCACAAGCACUGUGUUUUCAGUUUCUUUAGGAGGUCACAUACAGUGGUGUCUGGGUAUGUGAAUGAGGAAAAAAGAAAAAGGAAAAAAAAUUUCCAGAAAGUGACAUGAAAGUAUCGAAAGAUCUAUUUUGUUCGUGUCGGUUUUUGUUUUGUUUUUUUUUAAAUGUAAUUGAGUAUGAUUUGAUUUUUCUAUCAAGUGAUCAGCAUCUCUGCAUCCUUUUACCUAGCAUGUGGAGCCAAUACAAUUUCUGAGUAUUCCAUGUCCCAUGUGGCCUGUUGUUGUGGGUUAGUUGUUUUCCUCAGGGGCUGUACUGUAGCUCAAUCUUGGAUGCUGGCUCUCAUCUACCUUUUCGUGCUUUAGACUAAUCUGUGGGGUAUGUUGAAAGAAAAUCAGAUUCUGCUUUGUAUCUAGAGAUUGCUGCAGCGGUUUUGCAAUGGGGCUCUGAGAUCAUCUUUUAAAGACAUCAAUAGGUGAUUGGCGGGCAGGGGUGGGGAUGAAUGAGUUAGAAUGAACUGAUCACAGAAUGGGAGUACCCAGACAGGAAGUGCACUUGAGCAUUUUGAGCAGCUUUGCCUGAGGUCUACUGCCAGGUCUGCUCACUUCGAAAUUUGCUAUGUUUAGAAUCAUCAGGGUGCCUUAAUUUAGAAGAUUGUCCAAGCUUUUUAAAGCUGUCAUAGUGCCUUCUCUUAUAUACCUGCCCUUACACACGGACAGGUAAUUAGGAUUUUUUUUUUUUUAAUAAAUGUUGAUAGUAUCUCCUCUCAUACUCUGAAAAAGCCAAACUAGGCACUGUGAUUUGAAUCCUUAAAUUUUUGUUGUUGCCAUUGUUUUGAGAAAGGGUCUGAGCAUGUAACCCAGACUGCUCUGAAACUCUAUUCUAUAGAUCAGGUUGGCCUUGAGCUCACCGAGAUCAGUCUGUCUCCUUUCAGAUCCUGAGGUCUUUUAAAUACAGAAAACCCUGAAGUACUAAUACCAGUAAUGAACAAAGAGUAUGGGAUCUUAACUAUGAACAUAGUCACCUAUGCACCCACAGCAGGAGCAUCCCAAGCUAGCUCUUCUCAACAGAAAGGUUCCUAUGAGAAAGAAUCUCAUGUGCCAGAGUCAAAGUUCAGUGUUACAACCAAAGGAAGGUCACAUUGAUGCUUCAACAUCUUUAGUUCAGGUGAUCAAAGUUGUUAUGGAUGUAAACCUUAAAGGAGUUUAAUCUUUGAACAUACACAAGUUGUCCUCAGUUUUAUUUUAAAAAUGAUUUGUUCUAUUUUCUGCUAGAUCCUUGCCUUUGAAUGGCUUUAAAACUAUAUAUAUAUUUUAAGUGCAAUGGGAAGCAAUGAUGCUAUUCUGUGCUAAAGGCUCAUUUCUGUUUCCUUUAUGGGUUGUAUAUUCAUUUAAUGGAUUAAAGAUCACAAUACCAAUGUU